UGGGACAUAAUUAGRUAUCWGUUCCACGAUACCUUCGAUUKUAUAUACUCAGAAAUGUCUSGGUGUAGCGUUCGUGUUCGUGGUGUGCCAAAGGAGUUGUCUAAAACCGACUUGGAGAUCUAUUUUCAAAGCAGAAAGAAAUCUAAUGGUGGAGAUAUAGACAAGAUUGAGGUUGACCGAGACCGAGGCGAAGCAAGGAUCGUAUUUAAGGAAACUUCAGUUGCCGAGAAGGUCCUUACUAAAGCAAAACACGAAUAUAAAGGAGCUCGUUUAACUGUGGUCGAAGAAAUGCAGUCUAGAGAAGAUAGAACAAGUAAAAGACCCGGCGAUGAAGAAGAGGAAGAAGAUUCUGAGUGUGCUUCCGUUCUGGUCAGCGGUUUAUCUAGUAACACUACAAAGGACGCCAUACAAAUGUACUUUGAAAAUUCUCGUCGGUCUCACGGUGGUGACAUCAUAAACGUCGAACUCAAUGACAAUCAAGCUGUCGUUACGUUCGAAUCUCCAAAUGACGAUUUUUUGACGUUUAAACCCGAAGUGAGCAGUGGACCGCAUGGCGAACAAUGGUCAAGGUAAGCAACCUUAUUAUUCAUUCUUUAUUUAGCGCUUUC